UAAAAAGCCAGUGGACGGGCCGAGUGUAGAGUAGACGGAGCAGACAGACUGUCUCUGGACUGUACAGCUGACCUAGAAUGGCACAGAACGGAACAAAAGAGAAUGGAGUCGCCGAAGGGAUUCCAGCUUUGCCUUUUCCUCAGCCUGUCAAAGUCCAGGAGAUCAGACACACCAAGAUUUUUAUCGACAAUGAAUGGCACACAUCCAGCAGUGGAAGGACAUUUCCAACUUUCAACCCAGCGACAUGUGUCAAAAUUUGUGAUGUGGAAGAAGCAGACAAAGAAGAUGUGGACAAGGCGGUGGAGGCAGCCAAGGCGGCCAGGCAGAGAGGCUCUCCGUGGCGGAGGAUGGACGCGUCCAGCCGUGGAAGGCUGCUGCACACACUGGCCGACCUGAUGGAGAGGGACCGGCACCUUCUGGCGGUGGGCUCAUUGCCAACCCUGGAGACUCUGGACACAGGGAAGCCUUUCCUGCAGUCCUUCUUCAUUGACCUAGAUGGCAGCAUCAAAACCCUUCGUUACUACGCAGGCUGGGCCGACAAGAUCCAUGGCAAGAGUCUGCCUGUAGAUGAAAGCUUUGUGUGUUUAACCAAACACGAGCCUAUUGGCGUAUGUGGAGCCAUCAUUCCAUGGAACUUUCCUCUGCUGAUGUUCAUGUGGAAGAUAGCGCCGGCCCUGAGCUGUGGAAACACUGUGGUCAUCAAGCCAGCAGAGCAGACCCCCCUUACGGCCCUCCACGUUGGAUCGCUUAUCAAAGAGGCGGGGUUCCCUCCUGGAGUUGUGAACAUCGUUCCAGGGUUUGGUCUCACAGCAGGAGCAGCCAUUGCCAGCCACAUGGACAUCAACAAAGUGGCCUUCACUGGCUCUACAGAGGUCGGCCGGCUGAUUAAAGAAGCGGCAGCCAAAAGUAAUCUGAAGAGAGUGACUCUGGAGCUGGGAGGGAAGAACCCCUGCAUUGUGUUUGCUGACUGUAACUUGCAGCUGGCUGUGGAGGAAACCCAGAAAGGAGCUUUUUAUAACCAGGGUCAGUGCUGCACGGCUGCAUCUCGUGUCUUUGUGGAGGAAAGUAUUUAUGAAGAAUUUGUGCGUCGCAGUAUAGAAAACGCCAAGAGGAUUGUCAUAGGAGACCCACUGGACCCCCAGACAUCACACGGGCCACAGAUUGACCAACAGCAGUUUGACAAGAUUAUGAAUCUGAUAGAGAGUGGGAAGAAGGAGGGAGCCAGGCUGGAGUAUGGAGGAGCAGCUGUGGGCAAGAAGAGCCUCUUCAUUCAACCUACCAUCUUCUCCGACGUCAAAGACUACAUGCGCAUCGCCAAGGAAGAGAUCUUUGGUCCAGUGCAGUGUAUAUUCAGCUUUGAGAGCCAGCAGGAGGUCAUAGAGAGAGCAAAUAGUUCACAAUAUGGCCUGGUGUCAGCAGUCUUCACAACAAGUAUGGACAGAGCUCUGUCUGUGUCUGCAGCCCUGGAGACUGGCACUGUCUGGAUAAACUGCUAUAACGCCCUUCAUGCCCAGGCUCCCUUUGGAGGGUAUAAGAUGUCAGGCAAUGGACGAGAGCUUGGAGAGUAUGCCCUGGCUGAGUACUCAGAGGUGAAAGCAGUGACCAUCAAACUGAGUGAAACCCUGUGAGAAGAACUGGGAAAGUCCAGCGCUCUGCACUUCCCAUUCCAUCAGGCCACAAAACAAUUCUUUACAACCCAUGCACUCUCUUCUUUGUCUUCAGUCAUGCUCAUGAUGUUGAGAUUAGGGUUAGGCCAAUAUGUCAGUUGGCCUAUACAGUAUAUCAGUGCCCAAAAAGAGCCAUCAUUUGUUCACCUUUUCUUUGAUAUACUGUAGGUGAGGACAGGGUUUUACUCAGCAGCUUCAGUAAUAUCAGUAUAUAAAACCAAUAAUGCUUUAUUUUACAGGUUGGUAUUUUCCUAAUAAUUUAUUCAGAAGUUUCCCAGAAAUAAGUAUGUGAUUUGGUACUACAGUAAUUAUGGAGAAAAUAGAGACAGUGUUUAGAUGGUACAUUUCCAACUAAUAAGUAAUUGUUGGCUUAACCCACAUCAGCUGAACAUGCACAAAUGUGAAAUUUGUCUACAGCCAAGCAUACAAUUCAACAUAUAGGCUGGGAAGAUUAAAGUUUCCAAUGAUAGACAAAUAAGAUCCAGUCAUUGGGAAAUUUUGGCCUUCAUCAAUGGAUGGAGUUUGCUCACUCGUCAUGUUGAUGGGUCAUGUGAUGUAUGGUAACCCCUGUCUCUGUUCAAAGAUGGUCUCUUAUGUCAGAUGUGAAUUUCCUCCUUGAUCUUUCUCUGGAUAUUCACUGACUCCUGGUCAAUAACCUCUUCCAGUGGAUGCUGUGAAUGAUUUGGUCCGGUGUUCACAGAAACCUGAUGUUAUUUGUUCCUGCUGUUCAUUGUCUGCUGUCUCUUGUUUAGGAUCCUUGCUCUCUCACUGAUGUAGUGUUUCUGUUGCUUGAAGUGAAGUGCAAAGAUCCACUCCUUCUACCCAGUGAGUGCCCCCUGGACCUGCUGCACCUCCUCUUUUUUUACAACCUUACUUGUUUAUGUGUCCUGGAAAGCAUUUUCCUGACUCUGUGUUAAUGGACUUACAUACAUAAUCUUUGAACAAAGACAGGGGUGACUAUCUCUUAUCAAGUGAUGGAAAUUCCAAAUGAGAUAAAUACUGAACCAUCUCCAUGACAACUGAAGAAACUUCAUCCGCUAUUAAGCCAAUGAGAUGUGGCUGAAAUCUCUGAAAAAUUCCCAGUAAGUGGACCAUGAGCUAUUUUUAUUUUAUUUUUUGUCCAAUUGAUCUUUCAAGGUCAAUAAUGAACCUUCAAGUUCAACUGGUUUUAGUGUGUCAGUCCCAGUUUAGUGUCCCAGGAAAAGUAGUGGAAAGAAAUGAGAGGAUGUCUCUGAGGUUGAUUUCUGUCAUGUUGACUGUCUGUGUUGACCCUCAACCCAAGUGUGUUCAAAAAUACUCUAGUAGUUAUAAUGUUAAAUUUUUUGCCUGUCUAGUCCAGUCAUUAAAGCAGACUGAUUAUAUGAGAUGAAUAAAUGCACAAAACAUAGUGACAGCAAUGAUAGGAUUUUGCAAAUGAAUUCCAUUGAUUAGUUGUAUCUGUUCAUCAAAUCUCCUUACAUGGGACAAUGUGGGAAGUUCAGGAGAAGUUUUAUUUAGUAGCUGAUGUAUGCAGAUACUUUUUAUUUCUAAUUCCAAGCGCAGAUUCUAACCUUUCCCAAACAAGGUAACAUUUACCUCGCCAAUAACAUUUUAGUACUGUAACAGCAGCAAUGAUAUCAUUGCAUGGAUAGUGUAACUUUUUUUUAACCAAAAUAUAUGUUUGAGUGUUUGUUUAUUAUCAUACAUGGGAAACAAGUCUGCAUUUUUCUCACAUUAGUUUUGUAUUUAAAUAGAAAUUCUGAAUAAAGAAAACCAAAUACA